UCAGGCUGGAUUCACCUAUCUAUUAUGCGUUUGAUCCAGUUCCACUCAACAAAACAGUUAACGUGAGCCACGUGAGCCAUACGUUUCCAUACAUUUGUUUUUAACUUUAUCUGUUUUUGGAUUUUGCUUUUUUGCCUGAUUUUCCCCCACGUGUUUCUGGACUGUGCCUCGCUGCUUACUUGAUACUUCCCUCACCAGCCUUUUCUGCAUUAGCGUCAACAAAAGUUUCAGUUCUGGGCCAUGGAUGAUUUUGUGCGAAACAAACUAUUUGAAUGGGGCCUAAGUGAGUGGGUGGAGAGAUUUGAAGAUGAAGAAAUUGAUAAAGAAAGUCUGUAUUGUCUUGAUGAUCAAGAAAUUGAUAACUUGAUUACAAAAGCUGGACCAAGAGUGAAAUUCAAGAAGAAACUCAAGCUUUUAAAGGAAGAACAAAACAGAAAUCAGGAAACGGUCAAUAUUUCUGUUCAAUGUAAACAGGAGGAUGAAGAAGAAGCAGCUGAUUUGGUUCAGAUUUUGCCAUCCACAAGUGAUGAAGGAAAGAGGAAAUUAGAUCUUCAAAGUGACCUCAGCAUGUUGCCAUCACCAGCUAAGCGACAGCGUAUGUUCAUUGCGGUAUCAUACGCAGAAACAAUGAUACUGUCUGAGAUGAAAAACAUCAUGAGAGUUGUCCAAACCAGACUACAUGACCAAGACAAGCUCAGUGCUUUCCUGAAGAAUAAGAUCAGUGACUUGGAGACAGACAAGAGGGAGCUGGUUGGUGUUUUUGGUAAAACUGGGGCUGGAAAGAGCUCUUUGAUAAAUGCCAUCAUCGACGAGGAUCUUUUACCCUCAGGAAGUGUCAAUGCAUGCACCUCAGUCAUGAUAAAAGUGGAAGCUAACACACACAGCUCAAAGUACGAGGCAGACAUUGAGUUCAUCACAAAAGAGGAGUGGAAAGAUGAGUUGUGGUCAUUCCAAUGGUUUAUUGGUGAUAAUGAAAAACUGGAGCAGGAAGACGAUGAUGAUGAUUAUCGUGACAUUGUUGAUAAGCUGUCAGCCCUCUAUGGAGAAGAAUGGAAACAAAAGACCAUUGAAAACCUCAUGGACAACAAACAUUACAGAGAAAUUCCAGAAUUUCUCCAAACCAGGAGGAAGAUUUUGACAUGUGAAUCAGCUAAAGAACUCUCUGCAAAAUGUGUCAAGUACACAAGAAGCAAGUCAAAACGAAGAGAAGGUGAUGGAGUAAAGAAGUUUUAUUGGCCACUAGUGAAGUGUGUGACUGUCAGGGUGCCAAACAGUCCUCUUCUCCAGCACGUCACACUCGUAGACCUUCCUGGAAAUGGCGACUGUAAUAAGAGCAGAGAUGAAAUGUGGAAAGGGAUUGUUGGAGAUUGUUCUACUGUGUGGAUUGUGACUGAAAUUAAUCGAGCAGCAUCAGAGAAAGAGGCCUGGGAGAUCCUGGAAAGUGUCAGUAGCCUCAUUGGAAAUGGUGGCGAAUGUCAGCAAAUUCAUUUCAUCUGCACCAAGUCGGAUCAUUUUGAAGAUUCAGAUGACUUUUCACCAGCUGAUGUCCGUAAAGAAAUAACUGAAAGAAACAUGCAAGCCAAGAAUGAAAUAAAGGAAAAAUUCAACCAGCGACCCAAGAUUAAGAAACACUUCACUGAGGACAGUUUCAGAGUGUUCACAGUCAGCUCCAAAGAGUUCAGAAAAAGGAAGCAUCUAAAUCCAGAUGAAACUGAAAUACCCAAACUUCAGGAAGUUUUGCAAGAUCUCAACGACUUUCACUCAGAGACAUUAAACUAUGUGUCAGGAGCUCGCGGGAUUCUGUCUUUGAUUCAAGGCGCCAACCACAGAGGAGCGGAUGGUAAAAAAGACGAGGUGUGUGCAGCCCUUGAGAGAAACAUGAGCCUCCAACUUGAUGCUGUCAAAAGAGAAAUGGAUAAGACCUACAAGGCUUUUGAAAAAUGUCUUGCUGAUGGGGUUGAGAAAUCCAAAGGUUCAUAUGAACAAGUACUGAAGUACUUCUUGUAUCAUAGAAAGAAGGGUGGUGCAUUUCAUAAGAUACUGAAGUGUGUUGUUGAGAAUGGCGGCAUCCACAAACCAAAAAAAGGGAAACCAAUAAACCUCAACAUGAAGUUAGCUUCAUGUCUGACUGACAGCAUUGAUGAAGAAUUCAGAAAGACCUUCCCAAAUGAAUUAAAAUGUGGACCAUUCAAUGGAGUCAUCAAUAAGUUUUCACUGAACACCGAUUCUCUGAUUGAAAAGUACAAAAAUGUUGGACUGCAACUGAGAUUUCUCAAGACCGAGGAAGAAAAAAUUAAGGGAAAACUCAACAGAAUCAUCCGGAAAGAGAAGAAAAAAGUCUACAGCAGUCUGACAGAGAAGAUUGAAGACAUUAUGGAAGAAGGCUACAGCAAGGCUGCAGCCUUUAGAGGAAAGGACUCACUGAAAAACAUGAGAGAGACUAUUGAGAGACACGUGCACUCAAAGAAGGACAUGUUUGAACUGGCAAAAAAUACCAUGUUGGAGAAGCUGCACAAUUUGAUGGUAAACAUCGUGGAGACUCUGGAGAAAACCCUGAAGCAAUCCACUGAACUUUCAUUCAAGACUGAUGAGAGUUCACUCCCAGAUGUUUCAACAGAGCUUGAGAUGGUGAAGAAACAUUACGAUGAGCUUGUAAGCAGCGUAGAUGAAGAACUAUCUCUAUCUGGAUUUGCUGAGUGGGCAGAAACAGCAGAGGCCUGGGCACAAACAGAACAGCCCAGAGAAAAUGCUCAUUAAAAACAAAAAGCCUUCGGAUUUGGUUUCAAGUGUGUUUUCCUUGCGGUCUUUAAUUGUUGUUUGGUGUCAUUUGACUUUGAAUUUGUGAAAUGAUUCUAGAUUUGUAUUUCUAGAAGACAUUUUUGUCUUUUAAUGGUUCAAAUCCUGAGGCAGACAAAAAAGCUUGACGAGAGAAAUUGAAAAGUCCUGGGCUGGGUUUAUUAUGAUUUUUCCACCACAUUUUUUUCAAUAUUAUAUUUAAAUCUUUUUAUUUUGUGAGUGUAAUUUUGGCUCAUUAGGCUGGCAAUUGUAUUUAUAUAGCACAUUUAAUGUAAACUUUUAUGAGUUUAGUUUUAAAUCAUUAGGAUGGCAAUGGCAACUGUAUUAUUGUAGCACAUUUACAUGUAAACUCAGUGUGCUUAACACAGAAGAUAAAAUCAUAAAAACCUGUGAGGUUUACAACAGCAGAGAUGUUUUUAACAGCGCAGAUCAACAGGAAAUUAAUAUUCAGUUAUUUAGUGCAUUUUUGUUUGUUUUCUUUUGUUUAAGCUGUGCUAAUUCUAAAAGUAUGCAUGUAUUCAUUAUGAUUCAUUAUGGUACACUUUUCAAUAAAGCUUGAGAAAAUAUCCACAUAUAAAAUGGGAA